AUGAGGCAUAAUAUCAAGUACAUUUACAAGACGCUCAAGACGCCUCACUUUGUCUAUAAGUAUGGUGACGUAUCUGAAAAGGAAUUCCAAGAGUUGGGAAGAAGAAUAGGGAUUAAUGCGGCUCGAGCGCAAUAUAUGGAUGCUCUACAGAGUUACAACACAUUGUAUCUGUUCAGUUGGCAACUUGAAAAAGAUAGGAAAAUUAACAGGGAUUACUAUUGGAACUUAUUUUUUGAAAAUGGAUUUAAAAAUGGAGGGUUGGACACAACUGCACCAUCGUUGCACUUGCCAGAGAAGAUCAAUAAUAGCAUAUUCCAAGAGUGUGUUGGUACCAAGUUAUCUCCAAGCAAUGAAGAGUACAGGUUGUUCUUACAACGAAAUCCAAAUAUUGAUUCCAUUGAAUCAACGCUUAGUUAUGUGGAGGAUAAUCCUUCCAGUGAGUUAACUUUAAAGAUGAUGGGGCUAUUGAUUAAUCCUGAAAUAAAUAUUUCUCUCAUGGAGACCAUAUCUUACAUCCAACCAUUUUUAGAAGAAUCGAAUAAUAAGUAUACAAAUCUGGAUUAUACCAAAUUGCUCGAACUUGCCAAGAAUUCUUCGACAGAGAGGGAUCCGAAUAAAUUGAAAGUGAAGGAAUUAUUGCAUGGAUUAGCCAGGAAUGACUUGUCAGUACCCAAAUUGGUAAAGAACGGUGAUUGGUUAAUUCUCACAAAGCCAUGA